UUUUCCAACUUCAUCAGCUGAGGAGAAGUAACUUCCGAACGAACCACUCGCCUGACCAACAUGUGCGUGCGGCGAAAUUACACAACUGUGCACAACAUAUCCGCAUGAGCUGUGGGAAGUAGCCCACUUACCUGAGGGGAAACGGCGUGGUGGUUUGCAUUAGCGAGGAUCUUAGGACGUCCACAAACACUAUGGAGCCACGAAGUAAAGAUCCGAAGAACAAUCCAUCUGCAAAAGCUAAUGUUAUAUCCAAGAUAUUUUUCUGGUGGCUGAAUCCCAUAUUUUCUGUCGGCUACAAGAGGAGACUAGAGGAGGGUGACAUGUACCGUGUCCUUCCCGAGGAUGGGUCAGAGAGACUAGGAGAGGAGCUAGGGAGCUACUGGGAUGCGGAGGUACGGAAAGCUGCCAAGGAGCUGCGAGAUCCGAACCUGGCCAAAGCAGUCAUCAGAUGCUACUGGAAACCUUACGCAGUCUUGGGAAUAUUUACUUUCAUAGAGGAAGCCAUUAAGGUCAUCCAGCCAGUGUUUCUGGGAAAACUCAUCGAGUACUUUGAGCACGUGGGACCACCGGACUCAGCCGCACUGUAUGAGGCUUAUGGGUAUGCGGCAGGCAUGUCCCUGGCUACUUUUGGCCUAACUGUUCUACACCAUCUCUACUUUUACCACGUCCAGAGAGCAGGCAUGAAGAUACGAGUUGCUAUGUGUCAUCUUAUUUAUAAAAAGUCUCUGAGCCUCAGCAGUGCAGCUAUGGCCCAGACAACCACAGGGCAAAUUGUCAACUUGCUCUCAAAUGAUGUCAACAAGUUUGAUGAGGUGACUAUCUUCCUACACUUCCUGUGGGUUGGGCCGCUGCAAGCUGCUGCCGUCAUUGGACUGCUGUGGCAGGAGAUUGGACCAUCAUGCCUGGCAGGAAUGGCAGUCCUUGUGUUCCUCAUGCCUUUACAGACUGUGUUUGGCCGCCUGUUUUCAUCUUUCAGGAGUAAGACAGCGGUGCACACUGAUACCAGGAUCCGUAUUAUGAAUGAAGUCGUUUCUGGUAUCCGAAUCAUAAAGAUGUAUGCCUGGGAAAAGCCCUUUUCAGCGCUUGUCACUGAUGUCCGAAGGAAAGAAAUAUCCAAGAUAAUGUCCAGCUCGUAUCUUCGGGGCCUCAACAUGGGCUUCUUCUUCUCAGCCAGCAAAGUCAUAUUGUUUGUGACCUUCACGGUGUACGUGUUGCUGGGAAACCCCAUCACAGCCAGUCGUGUGUUCAAGACGGUCUCCCUGUACACUGCAGUACGCCUCACCGUUACUCUUUUUUUUCCGGCGGCUAUCGAGAAGCUCUCUGAAUCUAUGGUCAGCAUCCACAGGAUCAAGACGUUCCUGUUGCUUGAUGAGAUUGAAAAGUCACCCCUACCUGUGAUGAAGACAAAAGCGAGUUCUAUGGAGAUACGGGAUCUCAUGUGCUACUGGGACAAGACAAUUGAUGCACCAACACUGCAGCGCGUGUCCUUCACUGUAAAGCCAGGUGAACUGCUGGCUGUUAUCGGACCAGUUGGAGCAGGAAAGUCCUCCCUGCUCAGUGCCAUCUUGGGAGAGCUGCCACCAGAUAAAGGCGUGGUCGAGGUUAACGGCGAACUGACCUAUGCCUCUCAGCAGCCCUGGGUGUUUCCAGGGACCAUCCGCAGCAACAUCUUGUUUGGCAAAGACUUGCAGACGCAGAAUUAUGAGAGGGUCUUGAGAGCCUGUGCUUUGAAGAGGGACAUGGAGCUGCUCCCUCAGGGGGACCUCACUAUAAUAGGUGACAGGGGGGCGACCCUCAGUGGAGGACAGAAAGCUCGUGUUAACCUUGCCAGAGCUGUGUAUCAGGAUGCUGACAUCUAUUUGCUGGAUGAUCCCCUGAGUGCUGUGGACUCUGAAGUCGGGAGACAUUUGUUUGAGCAGUGUAUUUGUGGUCUACUAAAGAAGAAGCCUCGCAUACUGGUGACCCAUCAGCUACAGUACCUUAAAGCUGCAGAUCAGAUCCUGGUUUUGAAAGAGGGUCACAUGGUGACUAAAGGGACCUUUUUAGAGUUGCAAAACUCGGGGCUAGAUUUCACGUCUUUGCUUAAGAGUGAGGAAGAGGAGGAGACGACCCCUGGUGUGGAUGCUUCGCAGGGCGCCACACUAAGGUCUGCUCGCAGCCGAACCAUUUCUCAGAACUCUGUGCGCUCACAGGCAUCGUCACUCCAGUCUGUUCAAGAUGCAUCAGACAGCCUGCCGGCAGAGCAAGUUCAGACCAUGGCCGAGGAAUCUCGUUCUGAGGGCACAAUAGCAGUCGGCCUGUAUGUGAAGUAUCUGCGAGCAGGAGCGAAUGUCUUGGUUUUGCUCGGGCUUAUUCUGCUCAGUCUUCUUGCUCAGGUCACCUAUAUUCUUCAGGACUGGUGGUUAGCAUACUGGGCUACCAAGCAGGCAGAGCUGAACAGCACGGUGGCUAUUACUGAUGGCUUCUCUCACAACAACAUAUCAACACAUCAAGAACUGGACUUAGGCUUUUAUCUUGGCAUAUAUGCAGGUUUGACGGGAGCUACACUACUGUUUGGAUUAAUGCGGAGUCUGAUGACGUUCACAGUACUUGUACGUGCAACUCAGACGCUGCAUAAUCGCAUGUUCAACUGCAUUCUGCGCACGCCUGUUCGCUUCUUUGAUGUCAACCCAGUUGGAAGAAUCUUGAAUCGAUUCUCCAAAGAUAUUGGCCAACUGGAUUCAUUGCUACCGUGGACUUUUGUAGAUUUCAUUCAGGUGUUUUUGCAAAUCAUUGGCUCGAUUGCAGUAGCGGCAUCCGUGAUUUUCUGGAUCCUUCUGCCAGUGAUCCCUCUGCUGAUUGGGUUCAUUUUCCUACGUCGCUACUUCCUGAAGACCUCUAGAGAUGUAAAACGCCUUGAAGCAACCACCCGGAGCCCUGUGUUCUCCCACCUGUCGUCAUCACUGCAGGGUCUCUGCACCAUCCGGGCCUUUAAAGCUGAGCAGCGCUUUCAGCAGGUGUUCGAUGCCCAUCAGGAUCUGCACUCAGAGUCCUGGUUCCUGUUCCUGACCACUUCACGUUGGUUUGCCGUGAGGCUGGACGGCAUCUGCUCCGUGUUCGUCACCAUCACUGCAUUUGGGAGUUUACUACUUCAAAGCAGUUUGGAUGCGGGAUCAGUAGGCUUGGCUCUCUCCAAUGCAGUGACUCUAAUGGGAAUGUUCCAGUGGGGGGUCCGGCAGAGUGCAGAAGUGGAGAAUAUGAUGACAUCCGUGGAGAGGGUUAUGGAGUAUACUGAACUAGAGACUGAAGCACCAUGGGAAACACAAAAGCGUCCGCCCCCUUCGUGGCCAAGCAAAGGGCUGAUCACAUUCGACCAGGUCAACUUCUCAUAUUACCCGGAUGGACCUAUUGUUCUGAAAAACAUGACCGCUACCUUCAAGCCCAAAGAAAAGGUGGGCAUCGUUGGUAGGACGGGUGCAGGGAAGAGCUCUUUAGUUUCCGCGCUCUUCCGGCUCGCAGAACCGGAGGGGCAGAUCAAGGUGGACGGCCUCCGGAUCUCUGAGCUGGGACUGCACGAUCUGAGGCAGAAGAUGUCCAUCAUUCCCCAGGACCCCGUGCUCUUCACCGGAACCAUGAGGAAGAACCUGGACCCUUUUAGCCAGCAUUCUGACGAGGAGCUCUGGAAAGCUUUGGAGGAGGUCCAGCUGAAAUCGGCGGUGGAUGAGUUACCGGCGCGCCUGGAGACGGUGCUCUCAGAGUCGGGCUCCAACUUCAGCAUUGGCCAGAGACAGCUGGUGUGUUUGGCACGUGCCAUCCUCCGCAGGAACAACAUUCUCAUCAUCGACGAGGCCACGGCAAACGUCGACCCCAGGACAGAUGAACUGAUCCAGAAGACCAUCCGAGAGAAAUUCCGAGAGUGCACAGUGCUCACUAUCGCUCACAGGCUCAACACGAUCAUCGACAGCGACCGCAUCCUGGUUUUGGAUGCAGGUCACAUCCAUGAAUAUGAUGAGCCCUACACUCUCCUGCAGAACCCUGAGAGCCUUUUCCUGAAGAUGGUCCAGCAGACGGGCAAAGCAGAGGCCUCACAUCUGAUGCAAAUGGCCAAACAGGCAUAUAACAAGAGUCAAACCAGCCUGACCUCUAAAGGACCUAGUGGAGAUGGCAGUCUGAUCAUCUUUGAAACAGCACUGUAACUGUGGACUGCGCGCAUGGGUCAGCAGAAGCCAGUGAGAGCGGAGGACCAGUGAGAGGCCUAGCACACCCCAUCCCAACGGCCAUUUGGAUGGCUGCAGGAUCUAAAGCAUAAUAGUGUAGAGGAAGUAAGAGAUGAUUUGCACAACAGGGAGCUCCCAUUUAAAGUUUUUUUUUUUUUUUUUUUUUUUUUUUUUUUUUUUUAUUUGCAGGGACGUUUCGAGCCCCACAGCUCUUCCUCAGACUAGAAGCCCAGCUCAUAAAAUCACUCGUGACCCAUAAUGCAUCACGUGUCCACUCCGCAACACAGCAUGGCCAGUUUGGACCAAGGACGCACUCGAGUCGCUUACAUGAUAAUGGUGCUCUCUUGCUCUCAUUUGUCCCCAGGAUGCUGCCAGUCCAAGAAAGUGCUUAAAGAUAGUCAUGCUGUGGGGUGAUUAAAGGGCUAUUGUAAGAGGGUAGAAACAAGCUGCUGUGCUCAAAAGCUAUGCACUUGCUCAACAUAUGUGCCUGACCAACUAUAUAAUAUGUGUGUAACAACAGAGGAACUGUUGCACAGAAACAAGUUUUAAAAAGUCUAUUUUGACUGGAGUGGCCCUUUUUCAAUAUGUUGUGCAGGUAUACGCUAAAGCUGACUAUCCUAUCAAGCUUGAGUGCACUCUGAACAAGCUAUUGAUCCAUGUCAAGGAUGGAUAAUUUAAAGCUUCUGAGAGACUUGUUAGUUGGACAGGUGGUUUAUAAGGUAAAGAGGCAUGUUAGGCUGACCAAGAGGCUUGUGAAAUAUGCCUCCUGGACUCAGUUUGAUGUCCAGGGCAACUAAAAUAAAAUGUUUGCCUAUAUUCUUCAUGUCUGUAUUUGAAUGUUUAUGUUUUGUAUUAUGUAUGACUGUUUUGUAGUAAUACCAUUUUUAUACAUCAUGUAAAUGAUGGUUCUUUAAUGAAGACCAAGCAUCACCACAGUGUUGUGAUGGCUGAUGCUGAUGUGGCAUUUGUAAUUGUUGCCUUCACUGUUCUAGUAUUUCACUCCAGCUCUUACUUAUAGCACUAAGGUUUCACAAGCCCUUGAGUCCACAGAGGAAUCACCUCAGUAGACAUAGCUGCAAUCAUUUUCUAUUUAAGAUGUCAUUCAUCAAAUAUAUAUUUUCACUAUAUUAUGGAGUAUAACUGAUGAAAAUGGAUAAGUCCAUGACUUCAGAUUAUUAUUUUUAUUUUAUUUUUAUUGUAAAGUCAAGUGCCUGUUCUUUUACAUUGCUUCAUGUGGAACAACAGCAAUUGAUCUCUAUGGUAGGUGGUCAGAUUGAAGCCCUUUGAAACCACCAAGUUUUUGUUCGGAGUAUAUUUCAGGCCAGUUUGUUAGUCUGUUGUGUAUAAUGUCUAGAAUAUGUUGAGUUUAUUGCGAAAUGUUUAGAUGCUGACUGAAAAGGAUGCAAGGAAGGGACAGAUACCAAAGUGCCUACACUUACACUUCAAGCAUAGAUCAGACUGAAUAUGUGCGUGUCUAAACCACUGUAGCGCCUUACUUGAAUAUUACUGAAUUUUAUUCCGAGAGAAAUCAAAAUGGUGAUUUCUGUGGAAAAUGGAAUCUCUACAUGCUACCAGGCUAUGAAGGGCCCCAUGGGUUUGCUGUCUAUAUAAUUUGUUAUUAUAUAAUGACCUGUGUCUUAUCAUUAUUUUCUUUUCAAGUAACACGAAGACUACUUCAGCUGUUACCAAAAAUAAAAAAAUAGAUCAAAAUCAUUGUUUUCUAACUUCACAGAAACAUUUCAUGGUCUUAGAUUAAGUCUUGAUUUGGGUAUUUAUUAGGCAAUUUUAAACUCCCCUAUUGUCUAGUUUAUUUUGAGAGUUGUUUUGGCAAUCAGUUACAUCAUGAUGUAUAAGUGUUUGUGUGACUACUGUAAGUUCACCAUUAAAAUAGCUAUCUGAUAAAUAUGUUUACCCACUCUGUUUCAAUCAUUGAAAUCAUACAUCUCAAUAAAAAAGAAAUUCUAAAUU